GUUCGCGCCGCUGUAUGGGGUUGGAUCCCGCCAAGGGGCUAGACGCGGGGUUUACGGCGUAGGAUACCAGGCACCUAGGUAUGGUAGGGUAGUCUUGCCUCGUUCUCAAUAAUCCGAGGUAACUCGAACGAAGUAGUAUAUACGGAUCCCUCGACUUCGCCUUAUUUCUACUUACUGUACCUCUUCGACUUUCACUGCCUAUCACGAAGCAUUAGAUACCUAGUAGAUAACUACCCGCCUACCCAGCUUACAAAGGCAUUAGAUCACAUUCAUCAUCCCCCCCAAGAGUUCUCUGAUUGUGCUCCUACCGAAAUCCCCGGAAUCACUAACCUGAAAGGGGUUGCGUUAGCGAGCUCUGGUCAAAGAUGGGGUAUACUACUCCGCAAACACAACCGUAUUUUGGGGAAAUAUCCACAUGGGUUAUUCCCCGCCAGAGUCGGCAGUUCGCAGAGGUGGGUAGCAGCACAGAGAUAUGGCCUACUACCUCGCUGCUAUUUAUGACGGAUGUCCAGGAUUAAAUGAAAUGACUUCCUCCUUUCUGGCUUGAACAGUCUCGAGCUUACAAAAAGUCAUCGCCAAGUCUUAGACGUGAACGCGAAGAUGUCUGCCACCCUUCUCGCCAGCAUAGGCUUCGCUGUUGCGCUAUCAUAUUUAGGCUUGAUAUUUCCAAAGUUGCUGAAAGAGUGGAAGCUCCAUGCGCACCGCUCAGAACUUCCCCCAGGACCUAAAUCUAUCAAAUCGGGUAUUAAUAAACCAUGGCUAUGGUUUCGAGAGCUGAAUAAGGAAUACGGUGAUGUCGUCUACCUCCAGAUGGGGCCGACGCCCACGAUCAUAUUGGGGUCUGCGCAGGCGGCAUGGGACUUAUUAGAAAAACGCGGCGCCAAGUAUUCGUCUAGGCCGAGAUUCAUCAUGGGCGGUGAGCUCUUGUCCGGGGGGAUGCGCGGGCUGAUGGCACCCUACGGGCCUUUCUGGCGACGCUGGCGAAAGCUGCUGCACAGCGGGUUCAUGCAACGCCAAAGCGAAACUUACCGGCCUAUACAGAGUCUGGAGUCAAAGGUCUUGAUGAAAGAGCUGCUAGAGACCCCCGCCAAGUUCCGAACACAUCUUGAACGUUAUGCGGCUUCGGUCAUUGUCACGGUGACGUAUGGAAGGAGAGUAGAAGACGUUGAAACUGACAUCGUGGUGAGACAAAAUGGAGAGUCCAUGGAUCGCCUAACUCAAUCCAACAUUCCCGGUAAAUACGCAGUAGAACGCUACCCAGCCCUGAAAUACAUACCGAGCAUAUUUGCGCCGUGGAAAGUCCAAGUCCUCAAGCAGCGACAGAAGGAUAUCCAAAUGUACAACCAGCUCAUGGAUGAAGUCAAGGAAAAGAAGGCCAAGGGAACUCUGCCAACAUGUUUUGCCAAGCACCUCUUGGAAGAGCAACAAAGCCUUGGGAUGUCGGACCUCGAGAUCGGUUAUGCGGCAGGAACCCCUUUCGGCGCAGGCGUAGAGACAUCAUCAGGCUCACUUGCCAGCUUCUUCCUCGCGUGUGCUAAAUUCGGCCCUCAGUUUAUCCCCAAGGCGCAAAAGGAACUCGACAGAGUAGUGGGCCGCGACAGACUCCCCACGUUCGAAGACUUGCCCAAUCUGCCAUAUGCCAGAGCUGUCGCAUCCGAGACGCUACGAUGGAGGCCCGUGGCUGUGCUGGGAGGUACACCACACGCGAGCACGGCCGAUGACGUAUAUAAGGGCAUGUUCAUCCCGAAGGGGAGCACCGUCAUUGCGCCACUAUGGAGUAUUCACCUAAACGAGGCUGACUUCCCUGAACCACACGAGUUUCGACCGGAACGUUUCAUCGAGGAUCGCGAGUAUCCCGGUACGUUCGGCCACAGUGCGUUUGGCUGGGGUCGCCGCAUCUGCCCCGGCAUGCAUCUCGGCUCUGCGUCCGUGGAGCUCAACAUCGCGCGAAUCCUGUGGGCUUUCGAAGUCGGUGCGGCAAAGAAUUCGCGGGGAGAGGAUAUCGACGUCGAUAUAUUCGCAUUCUCGGAUGGAUUCAACUCGAGCCCGCUACCAUUUCCCUGCUCGAUAAAGCCUAGGUCGCCUGAACACGUGGAGGUUGUUGAGCGAGAAUACCAGGAUGCUAUCAAAUCGCUGAAGGCGUAUUCUGCGUAAGAUGCUCAUGAAUACUUAUGCAUGUUAUUGGCUAUCUAUCUGCUUAGAGUAUUGUAGGUAAUAGUGUAUCGCAAUCAUGUCGCGCUUCAACUUGUUGAUGUUCUUAACCUAUUAGGUUAGGUGGGUUGUUUAUUGGGUAGGUAUGCUUGUGUCCUUUUCGGGGUAUGAGGUUUCAUUGAGUAUGGAUGCCGAGCCAGGUGUAUUGAAAUAGACUUAUAGUGCUUUGGCGACAUUUAUUACCUAGAUGGUCAAGCCUGUUUAACCCAUAACGGCUUGAGUGUAUGUUCAUAGUCAUGCAAUGAAUCUCACAAGACAGUUGUUUUUAGCCAUAUUGUAACCCAAGCGCAGUCCUUACACAUUUGAGAAGCGGAAUGAUAU